GUGAAACCAACACCUCCUAUAAAGUAAACCCCAACCCUCCUUCCCUUUUCUAUCUCUACCGCCACCAUGAAGAUACUCCUUCCCCUCCUUUUCCUCCUCCUAUCUCCAUCCUCUGCCACCACCGGCCGCCUCAUUCUCGACUUCAUCUACCCCAAGAUCAUCUCCGGAACCGCCGGGCCCUGGAACCUCACCUUCCUCCCCGACAUCCCCAUUUCCUCAAAAUCAGGAUCCAAGGAUUCAGACCUAAUCUCCGCCCUCCCCGGCCAGCCCAAAGGCAUCGUUCUCCGGCAGUACUCCGGCUACAUCCCCGUCGACGACAAGUCCGGACGUUUCAUUUUCUAUUACUUCGCCGUGUCCAAGCAGACUGUUAAUGUUACAGAAAUUCCGAUUUUCGUGUGGAUUAAUGGCGGGCCUGGUUGCUCCUCCAUUGGCGCCGGGGCUUUUCUUGAGCAUGGUCCUCUGCUUGUGGCACCGGGGGGGAAAGCUUUGAUGGAGUCUUCUUAUGCUUGGAAUAAAUUUGCUCAUGUCCUCUACGUGGACGUCCCCGUCGGCACCGGCUUCUCUUACUCCGACACUCCUUCCGAUUACCAUAACUACAACGAUGCCACCGUCGCCGCCGACAGUCUCCGUUUCUUAGUUAACUGGCUCGCCCGCUUCCCUGAAUACGCCGGCCAAAAAAUCUACCUCGCCGGCGAGGGCUACGCCGGCAACUACAUCCCCCAACUAGCCCAGCUCAUCCACAACCGCAAACGCUCCGGAAAAUACCCUUCCAUCAAUCUCAAAGGCAUCAUCCUGCAAAACGCUGUUUUGGAUGCUGAGGAAGACCGUUGGGGCUUCUUCGACCAUCUUUGGAGCCAUGGAAUGCUGUCGCAGAGGUUGUAUGACGAUAUAGAGAAACAUUGCAUAAAGAAUUCGACGAGCAAGGGUUGCAUUGCUGCGACACAGACCGCUGGAAGGGUCAUCGCUCCGCUUUAUAUGUUUGAUCUCCGAGCUGAGCUUUGUUGUUCGACGGAAAUCACAACUCCAAGACUACCUGUGGAUGAGUACUACGAAUGCCGGGAAAAGGAUGUCGCCGCCUAUCUCGGAUUGCCGGAGGUUCAGCGGGCGCUGCAUGUGAAUCCGGCGAAGGCGCCGAAGAAAUGGAUCCAAUGCAACAGUGAUGUGGCCAAGUCCUAUGGAGAGAUCACAAAUUCAACAUUGCCCAUCUUGAAGAACCUUCUCACUCACAACAUUUCAGCCCUUGUUUACAACGGGGAUGCCGACAUGGUGAUUCCGCCGAUGUCGUCGAGGUUAUCAACCAAAAAAUUAAACUUUACGAAGAAAACUUAUUGGCACGGGUGGUACCCGUCAAAGAUCGAUGUUGGAGGAUAUUCUGAAGGAUAUCCUGUUGGGCUUGAUUAUGCAACAGUGAGAGGAGCAGGCCAUUUUGUUGCUAAGACUAAGGGACAGCAGCUGCAGUUUCUUUUGGAAGCUCACUUGGAUGGCACUUUGGCAAAUAUAACAAUCCCAGCAGCAGUAGCAGUAUAAUUAGAAUGAAGACUGCAUAUCUUUUAAAGGAUUAUUAUGUUGAGGGAGAAGAGUAGAUUAUUAAUUUUCUCCUGUCAUGUUUGUAUU